CCGCCUUCUGCCGGUAUUUCAUCACGGUCGGCUCUCUGAAACGGACCUGCAGCUGGGAGCGCAGCCAUGGGGAACGGGAUGAGCAAGGUCGUUGAUGGGCUAUAUCUUGGAAAUAUAAGAGACUCUGAAAACACAGAGAUUUUAUCUGACAAUGGAAUCACCCACAUCCUGUCUGUGUACAACAGUGCCAAACCAGUGAUAGAGGGUAUGACCUACCUCUGCAUACAGGCCUCGGACUCAUCCAGUCAGAACCUGUUGAAGCAUUUCAAAGAGUGCAUCACCUUCAUCCACGAGAGCCGGCUGAGCGGAGGGGCCUGUCUGGUCCACUGCCUGGCCGGGGUCUCUCGCAGCACCACGCUGGUAUUGGCCUACCUCAUGACGGUGACCUCCUAUGGCUGGGAGGACUGUCUGUCCGCCGUCAAGGCUGUGCGUUCCUUCGUCGGACCCAACUACGGCUUCCAGCAGCAGCUGCAGGAGUUCCAGAGGGGCCUGCUGUCUGAGGUACGGCACACACCCUCCACACCUACCUGGCAAAUAGCGACAGUCUCCGUGCCUUAAUCAUCUUGCGAUGGU